AAAAAAGAGAAGAUGUAACUAACCUAGUAAUAUUUGGAUAAUUUACUUGGUUUUCAAAUUUAUAAUAUAAAUAUGGACAAAGAAAGUAGCCCUUUUCAAAGUGCAAUAAGAAAUAACGUAAAAUAUAUUACACUUAAAACAGCUAUUCCAGAGCAAGUAACAGGAAAUAUUUUACACCAUUUUCAAAUAGAACGAUGCACAGAUGGAAUUAUUAAAUUAGACGUACAAGAAGAUGUAUUCAAAUACUUAGAAACCAAAUUAAAUAUAAUCUGCAAUUCAACGGAACUAUUAACAGAUGAUCGAAACAAUGCUUUAAUAGAACUUUACAGGUGUUUUAGAAACUCCUCGAUUAAUGAACGUUCGCAAAAUUUUAUUUGUUUCGAAACUACUAUACUAAAAACAACUAAAAGUGUUAUCGAUACUAUAGAUCGGAACAAUAUUCUGAUGAAGAUCAUAUUGCAGUUUUUAAUAAACAUAAUUACAUCGAAUCGAAACGUUGGGGAGAAAGUUCACGAAGAAUUUUCAGCCAUCUUGAAAACCUUAGUUAAUGAGAGACUUCACAUUUACGAAUGUUCUGCUCUUUUGUAUAAUAUAUCAUUACAUGUUCCAUUAGAAAGUGAUACGAUUGAUAUCAUGUUUAAAUUACACAGUGAAAGUAAUCAGAGUGAGUUCGUGCAGUUUUUUAUCGAAAAUUGCAUAAGUACUGACGAAUUUUGGAACUUAUAUGAUAACUUAGAGACAUCCCAGAAACUAAUUAGCUUAGAAACGAUAAGAGCACAGCAAAUAUCCGAUAUGGAGUAUAAUUUACCCACUUCUGCUGUACAAAUAAUAAUAAUAGACUUUUUAGAUAGUCCUAAAAUAUUUUUCAAAAUUAAUAAUUUAACAACAAAUGAAGAAAUUCGAGAAGUGUCUCUUCUACUCGAAAUAUUGUCAUGUCUAUCGAGCAGUGAUAAAUAUCUAUGUAUCCUACAAGAAAAUAGAAAUAUUAUAAUCAACGCAUCGGCGUUGUUAAUUAAUUUCCACAAAUUAGGAAAAUGUAGUGGCAGUUUAUUCACACCCAUUCAAAAACUUGCUGAAUGUACUCCGGAAGACUCGGAAAAUCCUGUGUUUGGAUUGAAAGUCGAUUUAAUCAGAUUAGUAGGUAACUUAUGUUGGAAGAACCCAUUAAUGCAAAAUUUAGCUCGAGAAUCUGAAGUUAUUCCAGUUAUUUUAGACUGUUGUAAUAUCGACGUGAAAAAUCCUUUUAUUAUACAAUGGUGCAUAUUAGCUAUUAGAAACUUGUGCGACAAUAAUAUCGAAAAUCAGAGGAUAAUAUCAGGAAUGCGACGAGAGGGAACAGUUUCUUCGCAAGUUCUGAACGAAUUCGGAGUCACAUUAGACAGCGACGGACAAAACCAACUAAAAAUAAUCCCUUUGGAUUCUUUGAAGCAACAAUAAAUAUUUUAAUUUACAUUUAUA